UUUGAGGUGAAGAAGAGGAGGAGCAGGAGGAAGGGGAGGAAGAGGAGGCAGCGGAGAGCUGAGGUGUGAGUGAAUGCAGCCAUGGCCUGUACGCCCUGUCCAUAGAGGAGCUACUCAGUGGAAGAGAGAUCAAAGGGGACAGAGACGACCAACAGGAUGAAACUGUGGGGGAGGUCAGCUUGGCCUUUGCAGGUGGCCUUCCUUGUUGCCUUGGUGAUGCUCUGCGUUGACCCGGUGUCCGCUGGCAACCGUAACCAUCGGGGACCGACAGUCUCAUACCAGGUGAAGCAGGGGACAUGUGAGGUGGUGGCCGUCCAUCGCUGUUGUAAUAAGAAUAAGAUUGAGGAGCGUUCUCAAACCGUCAAGUGUUCCUGUUUCCCGGGGCAGGUUGCUGGCACCACCAGAGCCAGACCUUCAUGUGUGGAAGCCUCCAUUGUAGCCCAGAAGUGGUGGUGCCACAUGCAGCCGUGUAUGGAUGGGGAGGAGUGUAAGGUCCUGCCUGACCUGACCGGCUGGUCCUGCAGCACUGGCAACAAAGUCAAAACCACCAAGGUCACACGAUAGCAAGAGAGCCACUAAGCCACAAGGAAAAGGAUGGAUGACUCACACGUAUUUACUGUACGCUGGGGAAAAAUAUCAAGGAAAGGACCGCUGUCAGGCUAUCCAUCACAAAACAAUGGGAUAAAAUGUACUCAUCACAAACUGCGUACACUUGGCUACAUGGAGCCACACAUGCAGCAUAUACAGUAUGCUGGUCAAAACCAAUGGACUACAAUCGUGGACAUCCAGGGUACAUCUGGACACAAAUGGACUCUUAUUUUCCAAUAACGGAUGAUGUGUGGAUGGAUCAAAAAGAGGUCGAUUUUAAACACUGAUUAAGCAUUUCAAAGUAUAUAUUUCAACAAAGCAUUUGUGGGUGAGUGUGAGGUGUGGACUAAAAGCUGUGCUUAGAGUGCUGCUGGAUAAAGUCCAGACCUGUUGUCAAUAUGUAGAGCUUAUACCGGAGACAGCUGAGACGAUUUGGGAGAAAUGAAAGCGAUAGCAGCUCAUAACUAGCAAAUAGCAAAUUAGCAUCAAAUUGCUCUUGUGGGUCAAGUCACUACCACGAAGACUGUUUUGCUGGAGUCAUUUUGCAGUUCUAAUUAGGAAUUGCAGUGUAGGAUCAUAACAACAUAUUAAAAAUUCAUGUAAGAUAUUUGCACUAGUUGAGACCAUUUGGGAAUGUUUUGUUUUUCUAGAUAUCUCCCAUCUUUUGCUGUGGAUGUCACAUGAAGUUGAAGGUGAGCAUUUUGUAAAAUGUCUGACACCUGAAGUAGAAAAAUAUAUAUAUCACGCCCCAUUAUUCCCGAGUAGAUAUUGGUUAAAAAUGGCUCUGACUAUUGAGCCCCCCUUACAUACAGCUUGGUACAAUAUGAACU